AUGGACUUCGAUAUUGGAUCAAUUAGCUUGGACUUUUUCUCUGAACAUGGCGAAAUUGGUGGAGGUAGGCUUAAUUUAAGAAACAAAAGAGCAUUGUAUGUAUUGUCAAAAAAUGUAUAUUUUCUUUUUUAAAUGUUUUGUGCAGUAAUGCAAUUUGCAGGCUGAUGUGUAAUGCAACUAAAACUAAGCGAAACUUACCCUUUGUUUGGAAGGGGAGAACUUCGAAUAUUUGCAGACGUGACAAAAGCUUUAAUUAGUGCUUGAGAACUCCCCAACUUUCCAAGAGCUCGAUCAAUAACUCGAUUUAGCAAGCUAAAUCAUCAAACACUUCUUUUCUACAUGCAAUAAUAUAAGAUUUUAUCAAAACAGAAGUGUUUCUUGAAAUUCAAUUUAUCGCAAGAAAUAUAUUAAAACGUUUCUGGUUAUUUGCUUGACAAUCGACUUGUUGCACUGCCAGCUUGUCACGGAAAUGAAAUGCGCGAAUGGGGCUUCGAAAGCGUUAAAGAAUCGGAAUUUUAUUAAUAUUUUCAUCAUUUAAGGCUUCGCUUUUUGAGGGGAAACAGUGAGCACACAUGCACAGUUAAGAGUAUUUACUUUAGAUUUAUUUCAGUAUUUACUGUGUUUAUACACACGAGUAUAUAAGCUUUAAACUUGGUUUUAUACACCUGAUUGGGUUCAAAUAUAUUGAAUCAGUUAUCUGUCGAAAGAAAAUGGCUAAGCCUAAUCCCAGGGUCUUUAUUCAACAAGUUAUAUUUCGUUGACUUAAAGAUUUACUGUAAUAUUCCAAUUACUCGGCUUCUCGGAAAGGGUAGACCCCCCAUGAUGCUAUCUGAAGUUAAUUAAAUACUAUUUUUGUAAUGCGGUCUAAGUACCAAUAUUCAAGAUACAUUCUCAUUUGGAUGCAUAAUUAGAUGUUUUUUCUUAAAAUUGCCUCCUGUUUCACAAACGUCCAUUUUUACCAAAAUUAGGGUAGACAGUCCCCUUAGUCUCCGGCUGAAAUCAAACACCAGCUUAGAUUUGAUUUCCUUGAAAGAUCUUGGUCAUUCUAGAUUUUUUAUAUGUAUAGGUUAUCAUAUGAGGGGCGUGGCGAUAUCAGUUUUAUCGUCAAUCUCGUUGGGAAUAGCCCAUUUAUCUCAUGAGGAAUGAUAUUGUCUAUACAUAGACAGUUUGCGUUUAGACAAUAUAUUGUAGUCUUUUAAUCUGGAGUAAAGUCCAAAACGUCGAUCGUUUUUUAAUAAAAAAAUAUUAAGCCUUAAAUUACGGGAACCACCGAGUAUUUUAAUAAAAUAUAAAACAACGGUAACUCCGAAAAUAAACCUUUUAAUAUUCUAGCUUUCGCGGACUAAGAUCCGUUCAUCAUCAACCUAGCAUAAUUCCUGAUGACGACUGAAUCUUAGUCGAAAGCUAGAAUAUUAAAAUGUUUAUUUUCGGAGUUACCGUUUUAAAUGUUAAGCUCGGUUCUUGCAUGGUCAUUAAAACACAAACGGUCUAUUAGGCCAUAUAAAAUAAAUUCCUUGAUUCUCAUCGCUAAAUUUUAAAAACUCCCAGGAGGCGGGAGGUUUAUAUUUUAUAUUUUAUGUCAAAAUAUAAAAAAAAAGUUUAAAAUUUAAAAAAUUGGAGAGGGAGGUCUUUUUAUAUUUGCCCUUAAAUAUAUUAUAGAAGAACGCUAUACAGGGUGUAUCAAAAUAAACGCAAUUCAUCUUUUGUGCUUAAUAACUUUCGAAAUACUAUUUCUAGUUAAACGCUUUUAGGCUCACUUCAAAGCCUGUUCUUUUCUCUUUCAAACAAACUAUUAUCCUUGUCUCCAAUGCUAGUAAUAAUUGCACAGGAAAAGAUUUAGUAAAACCUAUCAUUUUUAGUUGCUGUUUAAUUAUGCAAGUUUACUAUGUUAUUGUUUAGUCGGUUUAAAUGUUAGAAUUUUCUUCUUUAAACUUUAAUGUUGUCGUCACUACAUCUGGAAAACCACGUAAGAACAAAUUAAAAGUAUUUUAAAAGAGACCAGGUUGUUUGAAAAUCCUAAACGAAUGCUAAAAAUCAUAGAAUCAAAACAUUCUGGUGUCUGAGCAAGAGCGUCAUCGAAUUGCGAUGUAAUGUAAACAGAAAUUAUAGCAAGCUGAUGUCAGUCAGCUUAGAUGGUCCAAGCCAAAAUUAUAUCGCAUUUGAAGUUUCAAACUGUGUUAAAAAUAGUGGAAGAAAAGCCGUAAUUAUACUUAUUGUUACAAUCCAUUUAUUAAAAUGCAACAUUUUUUUGUUUUAAUGAAAAAAUCAGUUAUUUUCAUGAGAACGAUUUGUUAUUCCAUCUCAAUUUUUUUAAUCUCCAAUCGCAAUAACGUAAAGUAUUAUUACCCGCGAACCAAUGAGUCAAAUUUAAGAAACAACCCACUGUUAGAAAGCUGAAUGGCUACGCUUUAAAAUGAAUGUAAACUUUAACGUUUUCGUCUAUUAUUUGUUUAGCAAUUUACAUUUCAGUCGAGGAUUGCGCUUUUUUUGAUACACCCUGUAUAAGUGGAUAAUUGCACAUGCGCUAAUGAACAUGCAUAAGGGUCCACACAAAUCGUUGUAAUAAGGCUAUAAGCACAUUUUUUCCUUCAGUAUUCCAAGCAUCCCUUAACAUGUUGCAAUAUUAACGAUAAAACAAUUUUAUAUCGCAAAAAUUCCAAUAUAAAAUAUAAAAGUAACUAAAUCUCUGAAGAUGCUCGGUCGGGCGGUAAAUAUAAACUUUAUAACAAAAUACAAAAAUAUAUCAACGCGGAAACCAAAAUAUCGUCGGGCGGUGAUGAGAAUCAAGGAAUUUAUUUUAUAUGGCCUUAAUAAAAUGGGGCUAAUAGAAAGUUCGAUAUUGAAUAUUUUGAAUUGCGUCUAUUAUGACUCCUUUCUCAAUCAUUUUUCCAAAUGUUCUUAUUUCUCCAUCUCUGGAUUUUCUGUGACUAAAUUAAUUAUAGAUUAUAUUUAAUAAUCUCUAAUAACUCAAUAUGUGUCAUCAUCUCUCUCUAUUAUUAGUUCGUCCUUCGAUGUCGAAGAUGACCAUAGUUUCAUCUCUACUAGUUUCUGCGUUGAGUGUUGUGGGUUCGAAGAUGGCUGACAAGUCCAAUCCUCGCAUGGAACGUCCUUGCACAUUCCGGACAAGACGGUCGGGUGGAGCUGCUGCCGAUGCUUCUCUCUCCUUUCGCUUAGCCCUCUUCUGUUUUGCCAGACUGCAGAUACGAUUCUCCUCGUGUAUAACUUUGCUCCCCUCUUCACGCUAAAGCGCCAGGCACUUCGGUCAAGAGCUAGAUCUUCCCAUGUGUUGUAUAUAUAUACCAAAUAUGUAUUUAGAAUCAUAUAUGAGUAGAGUGCUCGAUAUAUAUGUAUAGAGCUAAUAUCAAAGAUAAAAUAAAAUAAACCUGAUUUACUUCAUAAGAUUUAUUCCCUACAAAUUUGUUUCGUAUGACAAGCAAUGCUUGCCACGCUCAUCAGCUGAAUAAAAUUAAUAAUUAAUAAAGUGAAUAAAUUCUUAUGAAGUACUAUCCGCCUCGUCAAUGCAGUUUGGUACACGUAGUCUAGAUACGCGAUGCAUUCGUAUUUAUAUCGCAUGACCUUCCUCUCACCAAGAUAUUUAUUUAUAUAUUUACACUUUAUUAUAUAGAGGGAAUAGGAAACCCUCAACAUGACGAUUGGCAAGGCCCUCAAUAUCUCGACGGCGAUCAUCCUACAUUUGAAACGUAUGUACUAACUUUUCCUUCUGUAUAAUUGUCGUCCUUCCAUAAACGUCCUUAUUUCAGUGAAAUUCUGCACGCCUCAAUAUAAUAUCACUGAACCGAUUUAUUGCUGCAAUUUUGCAAGGAGAAGAAUCUUGUUGUAACUUUGGAUAUAUGUUAUUCAGAAUAGUGAGACAAUAAUGUGAAUUCUUAUCAUUAUAUGAAUAGAGAAAUGUGUUUGGUGCCGGCAAAUUAAUCCUUAUAGCAACCAUGCUACAUGGAAACUUGCGCAAUAAAUAUUAUACUUCAAUGUUUAGAUGCGAUUUUCUCAGCAAGUAUCUAUCCCUUUUAAAUAGAUAAGCAUCAUGGAAAUCCUUGUCACAUAAUAUUUUUAACUAUGCAUGGGUAUUUUGUUCUGUCAAAACAUUACACAAGGAAAACUAUCUGUUUUGUCUAAACCGUUGCUUUAAUAUUCACUCCAAUUUUGACAAAAAUGAAUAUCUCAACAAAUCGACUUGCGAUCGAAACGAAGUUCGUAAUACUAGACAAAUGUUAUGUAAAAUGGACUGUAACCGAUCUUGUUUUUAGGUUUCUCCCGGCGGAACAACCCAGUUUGCCAUUGAGUCCACCAAAUUCCUGUCCAGUAACACCAACGGAGUUUGUGGAUAAGAACUUUGAAUUAAAAGAAGCUGGUAAGAUGCUAUGCUGAUGCUUCAAAAAGUGGUGCACAGUUCAAAAGUGGGUUCCCGUUUCCGUGUUAAUUCCAGUUCAAAACAACGUGGCAACCUCAGUAUGGCAGCUAUAGACAUUUCAUAUUUUUUUAUGAUUUGUCUCAUAGUGGCUGCGUAAAUAAAGAGUCUUUUAAAAGUCACAACAAAUUUCGAGAUCUGGGGUGGAGCAAUAUUAGAUAUACAUCAAGCUUUAUUUAAAUUUUACAAGUUUGAACAUGAAUAUUUUGUGGUAAUAAUAUGAUACUUCAGUCAAAAUUAGUGGAAAUUAGCGACGUAAGUCCCCAGGAAUAUUGAAUAUCAAUUACUAAAACGAUUAUACGCUUCUAUCCUGAGGCUUCCAAGUGAAACAUGUCAGGUCAUGUUUAUUUUACGCGCCACAGGUGGACAAACGUUGGAUCCUCUUGCCGAGGCUUGCAUUACAACCCUAUAUAAUCUUAUAGUCCAGCACUAGAGCAUUUCUUGACACAAAAACAAUGCCCAAUCAUCCAUUCGAUAUUUUUAGAUUUUGCACAGAGCUUUCUCACAGAUGCACCAGAGUUGGAACUCUAUUUGCGACAAACCAAGUACGGUUAUACGUUGAUUAGUAGAAUAAAUAUUUGCUUCCGAUAUGUCUGUUGUAUUUUUUUUUUGUAUAGAAAUAUACAGUUAGUGAGAACUUUAACCAAUCAAAUUUACGUAUUUUAGAGUUAACUACAAUUUAAUUAACUACCAAACUUAUAUAUAGCCAUAUACAGGGUGUAUAAAAAAAAAGGUAAUCGAACUUCAGCGCGCUAUUUAGCUAUUAUACGUGAAUUACUUGGCGUAUGAACAAUUGGUUUUCAUAUUCGGUAAGAUCAGGCUUUUAGCUAUUGAAUGACAUGCUUUUCAUGCCAAGUGGAGAAAAAAUAAGCAUGUACGAGGCCGAUUAAAAAUGUUAGUCAAAAUCGCAUAUUUUCACCUCUGUGCCUAAUUAAAACAAUGCAUAACAAAAGAAAAAGCAAUUAAUCACGAACGUGUCGUAGCUUAGCUAAGAUUUAUUCCUACUUAAUAAUAAUUAUGAAUAUGUGCGUCGUUUAAUGAAGUGAAAUUCAUCAACUUAAGUACCAAAGGGGGUUCAUUUUCAAUGGUUUUAGACCCAACUCUCAACGGUGAAAAUAUGCGAUUCUGACUAACAUUUUUUAUCGGAUUCGUAUUUGCUCAUUUUUUAUCCAUUUGGCAUGAAGAAGAUAUCAUUCAACAGCUAAAAGCAUGAUCUUUCCGAAUGUGAAAAGAUCUCGUUCAUACGCAGAGUAAUUCAGAUACAAUAGCGCGUUGAAGUUCGAUUACCUUUUUUUUUAUACACCCUGUAUAGGCAUUAGGCAUCUGGCGUUACCGGCAAAUAUCGGUAAAAGUUUCCGGAAGCAUGUUUACCGCUGAUAAUACUGGAACCUUUUUUUGAAUUGCAUAUUUUCGGGAAAAAAAUGUUUUAUUCCGUGUUUUGGUAUUCUUAUGCAACUUUUAUAUAAAUAUAUAUAAAAAACACCCGCUGAAAUGCGGGCAGACACGUCUAUGUAUUAAACACUACAACUACACCUUUCUUUCUUCAAGUUUUUCUUAUUUUCGUAUGUUUUUUAGUCCUUUAGUAGAAUUAAAGCGAAAAAGUCAGUUGUUGGAUGAAAGAAAUGAAAAUAACAGUGUCAAGAAAGUUAGGACGAAUAACCACUGCAAAAGUAAGAUGGCAUCGUAUUACCGCUCACCAUUCAACAUGUUUUGCACAUUAAAGUUAAUUUGAACAUCACACUUUUUAUAUUGCACUUGUUGGUUAUUCAACAUAUAUUUUCGGACAUUAGACAUGCAUAUUUUCAACACAUUUUGGUUAAAUCCGAUAUUGAACAUGCUUGACUAAUCAGUCCUCGUCAGAGUCAACGAAACAGGACUAAUUAAGGUAUUUUUUGGCAUAUAUGACCUUACGCAAGUUCAAGUGACAGUUCAUAUUGCACAAGUGAUAGUGCAUUAUUAGAUUAUCGGAGCAGAUGGAUAAUCCAAGUGUAUUUGGAGGACCUAGUGUUGUAUUUUUCGCAACUGUUCCUAGGUGUAUUUCCUGUUGGGUUUUUUUCUGGUUAGUAUUUCUCCUCACUUCACUAGAAUAAUCCAUCUUCUCUAACAUUCAGUUUCAACCAGAUGAAGUGCUCUCUUUCUUUCGCCUUCAUCCUCCUCUAGCUUCUCCCUCCCUCGCCCCCAGUGUAUUUGAAACACAUGUAUACAUCAUAAUAUUUUAAUUCGUCUUUCUCUUGCCAAAAUCGAAAGAUAAAGAGCUUGCGCAAAAAGGCUUAAAAGCAGUAAUCGAUAUCGCACACUUUUGUGGUUCUGUUUUGAUCCUGAAAACGCUGGAAAUGGGCCAAAUCGCUAUUCUAGUUUCUAAAAUGGAAUAUUUCCCGGACCCCUAUCCACGGCCACGAUGUGUUUGUCUGAGCACGACCAAUCACGCGAGGGCAAAGUACAAAGUCCGAAACAUUUUCAAAUAUUAAUUUUUUUUAAUUUCAAUUGUACAAAUUUAUCUCUUGGUUAAAAGUAAAAUUACUCUACAGCACAUUUUAUACAACCAUUUUAGCCAUUUAAAAUCUUUGCCUGUUGUUUUAAUUUUAUUGUAGAUGGCGUCUUGAAAUUCGUCCUGGCCAUCUGCAAAUAAUAUUUACCUUUUCUCACAAAUAUUGAUUCUCUGAAUUUUUGUUUUUCCAUGAAGACAUUAAUUAUUAUCAAAACAACCGCAGACUUGACGGCGUCACGGCGAUAAUUUUAUUUGGUUACGUAAACGGUUUUAUGGGAUUGCCGGAAAAAACUACUAUUAUGACGCCACAUUUCGUCACCCCGGGAGGCGGGACAUAUGUUGUGUCAAUUAACAACUUAUCUGGUUAUCCCUAAAACAAUGAACACUCGAGACAGAAUGUUUUGACCCACUCAAUUUGCCAACAGACAUGUGACGCUUCUCCUCCACGAAAUCUGACUUGUUGAAUGGCAUGGUAGAAAACACGGGUACAGAACAAACGGAUACCGGAUAGGCGGAUACCGGACAGACGGAUUAGCACUGUGCUGUAAUAUUAUGUUUGGUUGAAUGAUCAAAAAUCAAUAGAGUAUAUGUUACUAAUUUUCAAUAUAUUCAUUUUGAAUUCAUUUGUUAGCGACUGAUCACGAAGAACUGUCUCCUCAAAGGACGAUAAAAUGGAGUGACUAUAAAACUGAUGGGUGUCACAAACUUUUCACGUCAUCUCUUAAUGAACCGUGAGUGUUGUUUAGGACAAAGCCUAUCGAAGGGAAGAUGGCUGUGAAACUCAUUAGAAUAACAAUAUAACUCAUUAUCUAUGUUGGUCAACGUUUAUUCAUAAAUCUGGUUCUUCACCGUCACGUGUGUAUUGUAUUUUUGCCCAACUAACCAAUAGCAAUGUUUUAGGAAAGUUACCUAUCCGUGACUCGAACAAUAGGGGAACUGGAAAUUGCUAUUGGUGGAUUUGGUAAAAAUACAAUACACACGUUACGGUGAAAGGACCAGAUUUAUGAAUAAACGUUGACUAACAUAGAUAAUGAGUUAUAUUGUUAUUCUAAUGAGUUUCACAGCCAUCAUCCCUUCGAUAGGCUAUGUUUAGGAUUAGCUUAGGUUGUAAUGGUAAUUCAGACUGCCAAUAAUAUGCAAUAGCUGUGUUUCAGACUUUUACACAAAGGCCAAAGCUAGUUGUUAAUGUGUAUUGAAGAUUCAAUCUAAGAAAUGAAUUUUGACACUGAGAUUAUUAAAAUUGAUCUGGUAGAACCAACAUUUUGACUGGCUUAAUAAAUAAAGUCUGGCCCACUCAAUGAAUGGACCUUUCAAAGUCAGUUGUGUCCAGUAGCAAUCGGUUUUAUGAUUCCUCUUAUUUCAAACAACCCUAACAUUGGCUUUACUAGAUAAAUUUUAAUAAUUCUUCUCUAGACCGAAUUGUUGACGCCCCCUGUAAUUCAUUGAAAAUUCAUGUAAAUUCAUUAAAAAUUCCCGAAAUGAUUUUGCAAACUUCAAGGAUGUCGUUUACUCAAUUUUUAGAACAACUCCGUCGCUUGUUGUUACGUGCGAUAAAGGAUUAUCAUUUUCUCCGGCAGAAAGCGUUUUUAUCUGCCAGAAAAAGAACCAUUUUCAGGUAGUACAUAUUCGUCUCACCUAACAAUAGAACUGUUUUCUUAUUAAUAAUUUUACAUGUUUUUGAGCCAUCGCUGCUUUCCAAUUUUCCUCCAUUUCUAAAUAUAAUUUGUUUAGGUUUCAUUAAAUCUGGAAAUCACCUCUGACAGUCAAACACGUAUUCAAGUUGAGGUACACUUUUCGUAUCAGUUUAAUCAUUUUUGAUCAUUAAUUAAGUUAUUGUAUCGAAAAUUUAAAUUUUACAGGAUGCUUGCGAAGACGUCAUAUGUUAUAAAGUGCAUCUUUAUGCAAUAAAG